GCGGGGUACGACAGGGGUGUGCACGGACUUCUCUGCAAGCCAAGAGAAACCCAUCGUUGUCUCGGAAAACUCCGAGCAACCCUAACGCUUCAACUUUACCUUACGUUUCGGGCCCCAUCGAAUCGUGCUUCGGCUCAUAAACUCAUGAAUGUUGACUUUGACACUCAACGCGUCAUUCUGUAUUGAGCAGUCGACUGCAACCUUCUUUUUUCUUUUUCAUACCAAAAGAUGAUCCGUUAUUACUAAAGGGAUUUGGUUCACACGGACAGGGAAUCGAUCACGAUAAGUUUGAGAUUUCCCAACAUGUCGAACCCUUCACCCCAGGUGCCGGGUCCGGCUGGAGCCUCUUACGGCGGCCAGCCUCAAUCGGCAGGAGGAACUGGGAGCGGUGCUGGGGCAGGGACUGCGAGCGGCGGAAGUGCACCUCCCUCAGCCCAGAAUCUGAACCAAAUCGUUACCGAUUACCUCAAAAAGAAAGGGUUUACCAAGACUGAAGCCGUUUUCCGGCAGGAAACAGCCAAUCUAGGUCCUGACGGGAGACCGGCUCAGCGGAGCGACGACCCGGGCCCAAAGCGAUACCUCAAGGCCUUCCUGCUGCUGAGGGACUGGGUCGAGAACAACCUAGACAUCUACAAGUUCGAGCUUAGAAAACUCCUAUGGCCCGUCUUCAUCUACUCGUACAUCGAGCUUGUCAGCCAGGGCUACAACGAUGAUGCAAAACGGCUGUUGGACACAUUAAGGCCGCAUUUUGAGGCCGCGCACCAAGAUACCUUAGCUCUGCUGGCCACUGUCACACUGCCCCAGCAUAUCAAUGAGAAUCGGACUACCCGGCUGUACCGUGAGAACAAAUAUCGCAUUCCCCUCAACCAAUCACUUUCCGGCAACCUCUUCCACUUCCUAGAACGCGAAGCGGAUGAAGGCGGCACUACCAUCACCUACAUCCUCCAGACGUACUGUAGCGUCGAGACAAGCGCCCGCGGGCCGAUCGAACCCUACAGUUUUGAGGCCAUCUACCGCCGAGCUCAAAACCUCGAUUUGGACGAGAUUGAUGCGCAGGAGGGCAUCCCCGGCGUUUUCACCGGCAUUUCUAACCGCGAUGUGCUCGACACAUCGGCAAAGCUCAAGCUUGGGCCCAUGCCAAUGGAGCCAGAGCUGAGAGACGACGUCCGCGCCGAAUUAGAAGAGGAGGAUCAGCGCCACCCUCCGACAGACAAUAGGUCAACUCUUGUCGAGGAAUUUGAUAAGCGAAUUAAGCGUGAAGAGAGCGCCGAUGCUCCCGCGCGAACCGAGCUGCCUCUUCCACCGUCCCGAGCGCGGGACGUCGUGAUGGAAAUGCAGAAAGUUCGCGAGAACCGGGACAGGUUCCGAAUUGAGGGCCGUACUGGAGGUGUCGGGCUCGCCGUGUCGGCGUGCAUGUUCACAUUUCACAACACUCUAGGGAGCGUCUCUUGCAUGGAUUUUUCCAAUGACCACCAGCUUGUGGCGAUUGGCACGAUGGAUUCGUAUAUCCGCGUGUGGUCGAUAGACGGCAAGCCGCUCAAGACCACGCUUGCGAACGAAAAGGAUCUCAAAGUAAACAACCGCAAGCUUAUUGGGCACUCCGGCCCAGUGUACGGCGUGUCAUUUUCAGACUCGAUAACUAACCUCGACCGGAAUAUUUACGGAGACAGCGACGACAAGAAGCCCGACACGAGCUCGAAACUCCUUCUCUCGUGUUCAGCAGACGGUCAGGUUCGGCUCUGGUCCUUGGACGUGUGGGCUUGUCUUUGCAUAUACAAAGCGCAUGACGGCCCCGUCUUCCGCGUCCUCUGGGGCCCUCAUGGGCACUAUUUCGCCACAGCCGGCUGGGACAGGACGGUCCGCGUCUUUUCCCAGGAUCAUGCCUCGGCUCAGCGUCUUUUGGUCGGCCAUGAUACGAGCAUCUCGGCGCUGGCCUGGCAUCCCAACGGAACCUAUGUCUUCUCGGCAUCAGAUGAGGCGGACAAGUCGAUUCGCAUGUGGUCAAUAGUAACGGGCAACUGCGUUCGCAUUUUCAUUGGCCAUACGCACUACAUCAGUGCCUUGCAGUGUGCCCACAACGGGAAGAUUCUAGCUAGCGCCGAUGCUGGAGGGACUAUCUUCCUCUGGGACAUUGAGAAAGGCACCUGUAUCAAGAGGUGCCGCGGCCAUGGCAAAGGCGGCAUCCCGUCUCUCAGCUUCAGCGCUGAAUCAAACGUCCUUGUGUCGGGCGGCCUGGAUGGCACAGUCCGCAUCUGGGACAUCGAACUGCCUGCGGAUCCCAACAAGGCCAAUCCUCUCACCGGCGGCGUCACUCCAGGACCACAGAGCGACGGAAUUGCGGUGGCUGGCGACACGAUUGCAGUGGGAGGAAGCUCGGAUAGCCGCAGCAUCACGGUUGGGGGUCAAGCGGUGCCAGCAGCUAGCGCCAGCACAUCAGGGGGUGGAGUUGGCGCUGGUGGAGCGAGUGUGGGCAAGAAGAAGGCCAAGGAGGUCCAGAUAACCCCGGACCAAAUUAGCGCCUUCGCGACCAAGAAGACGCCCGUGAUGAAGGUCCAGUUCACGCGCAUGAACUUGAUUGUUGCGGGGGGCUGCUACGAUCCAGAGAGAUAGGAAGACUCUGAUUAGGCGCCUCCCUGCAUGGUCAAUCGUCGUGAUUCAGAGAUAUGAGCGGGUUAGGGAUAUUAUAUGGAGAAACAGGAAUUGGAUUAUGGACUUGGUGAUCAAUGUUCAACUGGGCUUGGGGGCAAUGUUUGGCAAACAAGGGCGGACGGGGAGCACGGAGUUUCGGACGUGUACUUGUGCUGUAUUGUACUUGUACCGUGGAAGGAGUUUACAGCGGCGGUGAUAUCCCGAGGUACAUGAUAAUUCCAGCGGCAUGUUUCUGACCGGCGCUGUACUAUCUCGUAGAUAUCUACCUUUGCUUUGUGCUGUCUGUGGGUAGAACUGAGGUUAUGUAACUUGUAAGGGG